UCUGCUCUAUUCAUAUUCUUCUCAGUUUGAGAAGUGCCGACAAUGAGCGGUCACGUGACCACUACAUUCCACCACGCCUAAAGCGGGAAACGGAUAGUAAGUCCUGGUUAUCGCAUUUAUUACAAUUCGUUCAUUCCAUCUCAAAGUGAUACCAGAGUGCCUUCGAUGAAGUACGAGGGUGAUCUUUUUGUUUUACCCCUUGCUUCCUUCUCAAAAGAGACAAGAUACGUCCUGGUGGUUUCCUUGGUUGAGAAAAUCUUAAGCGCGGCACGGCCGCCGAACAACAAGCGCAUCAUCUUACGUGGUAUUACACGGGAUGGCACGGUGAUCACAUUUUCCAUCAUCCAUCAAUCAUUCUCGUGUGUUCCUUUCACAUCAAAAUCCACCAAACAUUUCAUACAAAAUCCUGCCGGUUAAUAUUUUAUACUGUCGCGUUGUCUGCGAGUUCUUCGCGUCUCUUGUAUAGGGUUGUCCACCUUCCCCAUCACAGGACAGCCAGUCACGGGACUAUCAUCAAAGAAAGUUACUCCUGGGCUUCCUCAAACCUCAUCAGUACGCUGGGUGGGCUGCCCUCUGCCAACAUGGCACAGCCCCCUCAAUCAGAUUCCGAGAUUCCCACUGCUGAAUCGCCAAGCUCUGAGCCAAAAGAUGUUCUCCGCUUAGUGUGCGGAUGGAACGAGAAGACAAACACAUAUCUCUACAGAGAUGAAGUGGUAAAUCCGCCACCGAUCUAUGGUAACGGCCCGCAAAAAGCAAAAAAGGCGGAAAGAGUCUCAAAACGGCCGAAAACAGCUACGGCAAAGGUCAAAUUGUCGAGAGGCGAGGAUGUCAAGAUGUCCUCGGCAGACGCCAAACCGAGGAAUGUUUCAGCAAGGGGGAGGGAGAAAAUGGAAAGGCUGAGGAGAGACCGGGCAGAUAGGAGGGGCAAGAGGGCGUCACCGCACCAGCAACCAAGCCCUGUAUCAACUCCUGCGUCUGAAUCUGGUCACCGGCCUCGCAGGAAGAGACCACCGUCCCAAAGUGUUAACUCCGAGUCUAAUGACACAGAUGAUGACAGCUCAGAUGAGGUUCCUCCAGAUAAACGACUCUAUGCUGUCCCUGACCACUUGCAAGGCACUGUUAGGCCAGUUCCUAGGCCUGAAAACAGCGACGAGAUGCCGUGGAUAGACAUGGAAAUUACGACGGUUCCACUCCCAGAAGAUCCAGCGGUGAAAAUCGCGGGAUUUGACAAUAUCAUGGUCACCCUCGUCAGCCCAGAGAAUGGAAACCCCCAUAACGAGCCCGCCAAGGUCUUGGACUGCCGACUUCAUCCAGACGGCACGUACUUUCUCCUUGUCUCGUGGUGGUUUGAGCGCCGCGCGCUGUCAAAAAACUUGGUGGGCUUCAAGCGCUACCUGGACAGAAGGUGGCCCGCGGACGCACCAUUCAAAUUUGUCCUCGGCUGCCAUUUCGACGUCAUCACCAAUGAUGCUAUCACGGAAAAGAUGGAGGAUGACGAGAGAUUCUGCAACUCUAUGGUGUAUGGCGGCGUGACCCAUAACUGCGAACUCUUCUCUGAUGUGCCGGAUGAGAUGGAGCGACGUGAGUGUCUUAAGAAGGGUGCUAAAGGAGACGCGCGACAUGUGGAGGAACGAAAGCAAAAGUCGUUGUUUCGAAUGCUUUUACAUCCGGAGAUGAGCGGAAAAUAAGACAAGUAUUCGGCAGGCAGUAGUGGGAUGGGGGGUGAAAAAAAUGCUUGGGGGUAGGGAUGGCUUUCGGGAAAACGAAAGCAAUGAUGGCUGUUUGGAAUGCUUUUACGUCGUGGAGCUGAGUCGAUGGGCGACUGUGGGAAUCGCCCUGAUCAGAGGUGGAAAGAAUACACUAGGAAUGGGGAUAGCUGAUUAAAAAUUUGCUUGGAGCAGGGGGGGGGGGUUCCCCACGUGUAACUGUAUGGAGAGGCAUGGGGAUGCGCAAGGUGCUUGGGAUUGGAGUCGGUCGGUCAAUUGAGUUAUAUGAUUAAGAUUUAUAUUCCUUAGCUUUGGCAACAAAUAUUAUGUGUUACAGUAGAAGCG